CAAUCGUGUUGAACAAAGGGUGCGAUUUUUGUUUAUAUUUUAACGUGUAUUUGACCGUAUAAAUUUUUAAACCGUUAGUUUAUGUGUCCUCUGUGAUAUUCUUUUUAAUUUGUGACUAUAACUGUGCUUUUACUCGGCGAAUAUACUUCAUUAUCGUGUAGUGAUUUUUGGUGCAGUGGUGACAAUAAUAAACCCCUCUCACCCCCCCUACGCAAAUUUUUUUCGGGAAAAGCGACAUCUUGCGGCACUUUUUGGAAACCAAACUUGCACGCAAUCUCUCAUCGAAGAUCAAGCUUUCAUCGACAUCAAGUUCUGGUGUCCGCGUACUUUUUGCAUCAUCAACGUGUUGCUGUUUAGUCUACCGGAAGGCGUUAACGACUAAUACCAACGAUCAUGGAAAACAACUGCGGUAAAUGCAUGCAACCUGUUACUGGUAUCGACUUAGUCACUUGUCGCAGCUGUGGUCAAUUUUUCCAUAUGAACUGCGUCGGUGUGUCACGUGCUCUACUAGGUUAUUUUCCAACUCAUCGAAAAAACCUCUAUUGGGUGUGUGACAAAUGCGCUGAUUCAUUCGAAAAUUCACAUCUUCGAGCCAUUACGAGCCAAGCAGAUGACAAUUCUCCACUGGUAAUGCUAACUGAUGCAAUCACUAAUCUGCAAACGGAGAUCAAAAAACUUGUGUCUAGGCCUGUACCAUCGAUACAAUCUCCAAAACUCAACCGCUGGCCUUCGGUCAGCGAUUCCACACGUGGUUCAAAACGUCCCCGCGAGCUUGAUCCAGUGGUACGAACAACGGAAUGUCUACAUGGAUCCAAACCGAUUGACAGGGACAUAGUCUCUGUGCCAGUCAGCGAAAAACCGUCCAACAAGUUUUGGCUCUAUUUGUCUCGCAUUAGACCCGAUGUGACGAACGAAGCAAUUUCGGAUAUGGUUAAAGCCAAUCUUGAGACAGACAUCGAUCCACAUGUCGUUAAAUUGGUGGCCAGAGGAGCUGACACAAGCAACAUGUCAUUUGUUUCCUUCAAAGUCGGGCUUGAUACUUCUUUGAAAAAUAAGGCUCUAGACCCCUCUAGCUGGCCUGAGGGAAUUCUUUUCCGUCAGUUUGAGGACUACAGUUCUCAAAAAUUUCGGAGACUUUCCCCUGCAAUUCCAAGCCCAACACCGCUAGCACCAACUCCUUCGCAAUCUUCAAUUUAACCACGAAUCAACGUAAUCUUGACAACGAUUGGAAACCGGGACGCAACAAUGACAGCUCCAUGGAAGCCCCAACUCCCCCUGCCACAGUCGAGCCUAUCCCGCCAGCGUUCAACAGCCGUCCUGGUCCUGUGUGUGGGAAUGGAGGAGGGGUCUUCCAACCAUCCACUCACGGCAAUGGCAAUCUACGUGACCUUCAACCUCUCUCCUGUCGAACACCGGGACGCAACGAUGAUAGCUCCAUGAAAGCCCCAACUCCCCCUGCCACAGUCGAGCCUAUCCCGCCAGCGUUCAACAGCCGUCCUGGUCCUGUGUGUGGGAAUGGAAGAGGGGUCUUCCAACCAUCUACUCACGGCAAGUACAAUGUAGCAACGAACAGUCCAGCAUCUGAUCCACCUUCCGGUUUCAGCGGAUAUUUCUGCGGAUUUCAACCGCCACGCAGCGAGGUACCUGAAUGCUACGACGCCAGUUCUAUUGCAACCUCGAACUUUCCGCUGGUCGAACGUAUGGACAACGAUUCCUCCCAACAUGACAACGCUUUCCUUUCCAUCUACUAUCAAAACGUUCGUGGAUUACGCACCAAGACAACAGAUUUGAAGCUGCGCUUGUCUUCCUCCGAUUACGACGUUAUCAUUUUCACGGAAACAUGGCUCCGACCUGACAUUAACGAUUCGGAACUCACGUCUGACUACUCGAUUUUUCGCUGUGAUCGUAGUGCAGCUACAAGCGACCUGUCGAGAGGUGGGGGAGUUCUCGUCGCGGUCAAAUGUGGACUACAAUGCUCGGCUGUGUCUCUGGUCGAUUGUGAGCACCUAGAGCAAGUUGCUGUUCGUGUGAGAUUGCCCAAUCGAUCCUUAUACGUUUGCAACGUUUAUUUGCGCCCCUGUUCUGAAGCAGCACUUUAUUCAGCGCAUGCUAUGGCUGCACAGAGGAUUGCCGAUCAAGCUGCAGAUAUCGACGUUAUAUUGAUACUGGGAGACUACAAUCUUCCCCGCCUGAAGUGGUGCUUCGAUGAUGACAUCAAUGGAUACCUGUCCUUGAACGCUUCCAGUGAGCCGGAACUGAUUCUUGUAGAUUCCUUGUCGUCGUGUGGUCUGGUGCAACUAAAUCCCUUUGUCAACUCUAGCGGAAACGUGCUUGAUCUGGUUUUCUCGAAUUCCCCUAAUGAUUUCGAAGUACUGCAGUCUCCGCAUCCGAUUUUAACUUCAGACGAUUAUCAUCCGCCACUCGUACUGCAGCUAGACACUCGCAGCUCUGUGCUUGCCCAGGUUGUUUCGGAAUCCAGCACUCCCGAACUUGACUUCAAGCGCUGUAAUUAUGAGCAUCUCAACACCAUACUGGCAUCUGUUGACUGGGAGCACUACCUAAAUGGUUGUUCAGUCGACGCAAAUGUGUUCAUGUUUUACGACAAGCUUACUGAGAUUCUAGCUUCGCAUGUGCCUCGUCGACGGUCUUUGGAUGCAUUAAAAAAACAUCCUUGGUGGACGACUGAACUGCGUAAUCUGCGAAACAGACUCAGAAAGGUGCGUCAUCGCUUCUUUUCUGAUAAAUCUAACGAAAAUAUAGAGAUGCUCCGCUCGGUUGAGUCGGCGUACAACGAACUGCUCACAUCGACCUACCAAGGAUACGUAAGUAGAUUAGAAUCCAACCUUAAGCGGAACCCUACGAUGUUUUGGAAGUACGUCAAGUCCCAACGAUCAGGUAAUCGAGUUCCGUUAAACGUGACAUACGGCGAUGUUACGGCUAACACACCCGAGGAAGCCGCAAAUCUGUUUUCCAGUUUUUUCCAAAGCGUGUACAGGGCGACGGCCCCGCAACUUCGGCCAGGGUGUUUUAGUCAAGUGCCUUCCUAUAACGUUGAUCUACCGCCUUGCAAUUUCUCCUACGACGAUGUAUUACGAGCACUGACAAUGUUGGAUGCUUCAAAGGGUGCUGGCGUCGACGAUCUGCCGCCGUUACUAUUGAAAAACUGUGCCAGAUCAUUGGUGGUGCCUGUAAUGCUGCUGUUCAACCGUUCCUUAGAGGAAAAAACUUUCUCAAGUUUAUGGAAAAUCGCCUUCAUGAUACCCAUUCAUAAAACCGGAACAUUGAGUCAUGUGGAAAACUACCGUGGUAUCUCGAUUCUUUGUUGUCUGGGUAAGGUUUCGAAACUCUAGUACACGAGAUUGUGA